CUCCCAAACUUGGAGUCACUCAUUGCAUCAUCUUCGUAAAGCGCUGUGAACACUGAAUAUCAAUAUGUUGCUCAUCACCAUAGCAACUGUGCUUUUGUUCAGCUGUGAUACUGCCCUCGCUAGGACAGAGGAGGUCAACAAGGAUGCUGCCGAUGCACUCUACACUCUGACUGAGAAAUGUAGCUAUUAUAAUUGCCCAGAUAAUUGGCCACCACGAUCCCCUGGGAAGUCCUCUUGCUACAUGUACUUCCAUAAGGGCAAGAACUGGGCAAGCGCUGAAAAGAGCUGCCGCGACGUGGGCGGGCAACUUGUCAAGUUCAACAUCCAGAAUGAGAUAACCGAUGUCGCCAAUUUCCUCAAGUCCUACUACGGCAUCAAAGCCAUCCCUUGGAUGUGGACCGGUCUGAAUGACCGUAGCAGCGAGGGGCGGUACCGAUGGACUGGCUUCGGAGGAGAGCUGAGCAGAGGGAGUUCCAUGUGGGCUAACGGGCAGCCGGACAACCACAGGCCUUGGUGGGCUUAUUGGGAUGAUGAAGAUUGCGUAGAGUUCAACGGGAAACAGCUCAACGACCAAGAUUGCGAUGAGGGACGGGCGUACGUCUGCGAGUUCAUCCCUUAGACCUUGAAACAAAUCCCCCUUUCGACUUUAUAAUCCACAAAGAGGAUGGUAGCAAUUUAAUCGUUCACAGAUUUACCCCUUCUUAGAUAUUUGAUAAUAUUACAAGUUAUUUGUUUAGAAUUAUUAUUUUUUUAAAUUAUGUUAUUCUUAUUCCUUGAAAUGUCAAAAACAUGAUCUGAUGCCGACUCUGCUUUUGAAAUAAAUAUAAUUUCCCUUUGAAAUUUAGUCAUCAAUCCUGACAGAUGGAUAGAAGCGUACAUUUAUCGAGCAGCGUAUGAAAUGGAAACAUGAAAUGUGAAUUUUGAUUGAGCAUGUUGAUAUUUCAGUACAUGGGUUUAGAUGUUUGUACAAUCACAUUCCAAGAAUACCUUGUUCACAUGAAAAAAAAUAAAGAAUACCCUUUUGCUCAAGGGUGAUAACGACUUUCAUCAAGAAACUAGCACAUGGUUUGAUCACAGUUGUAGGGUGAAAAUUUGAAUGUUAUAACAAAUUUUGAGGCUUGUUUGAUGUUCUUGACAUGCAUAGUACAGUAAGUAGGAAAAUAUAGAAUCUUUGAACAUAACUACAGUUGUUUUGAUGAAUUGGCUAAAAAGAAAAAGAAAAAGAAAAAUGUAGAAAGUUAGUGCAUGGAUAAUGAUGGAUAACCCUUUAGUUGUAUAAUAAAAUUUAUUGAUUUUUCCCUUUGAAGCCUAAAUGGCUUCUCUACAUUAAAUACUCUUUAAUUG